AUGGGUUUUUGGACAGAUGUAUGGGAUCGAAUUAAAAGUUGGAAAAUUACAGUGGAACCAUUAAUGUUUGUAUUGGCAGCGUGUAAUACAGCAGUCGGAAUUGUCUCUCCUGCUCUGAAAGAAGGAAAAAUGCGAAGAUACUACCCCGCUCCCCCAGACAUCCACGGAAAAGAUCUUGAUAAAUAUUAUAAUAAGAAAAUGGUGUUGUGGGACAAUUACUAUGAAUACAUCAACUUGCCAAUCGCUUGCAUCUUUGGAAUUAUUUAUGGAGGAUAUAGUGAUCAUCGCGGAAGAAAAUAUCCUAUGCUUAUUGGAAUUCUUAGUGUGUUGGUUUCGAAUGCUAUGAAUCUUCUGAUGUGGGAUGAAAACACAGAUUGGCCGCUGACAUGGACGUAUCCGACAGCAGCAGUUACUGGAUUUUUAGGAGAUUUUUUAUUGACAAUGAGUUGUAUCAAUGCUUACAUUGCUGAUGAGUUUCCAGACAAGAUUACGCUAUCUUAUCGGAUGGUUGUUGUGUCGAUUCUGUUCAGUUUGGGGUCAUUUGUGGCGUCUCGAUUUGUAAAAGACCUGAUUAAAUGGACUUCAAAGCCAUCAGUGAUGAUAAUUGCAGAAGGAGGAUAUCUACUAACUUUCAUAAUCUCACUUUUCGUUUUGGAGCAGAAGAAACCAAAAUCUAAAAGCAGUUUGCUCAAGGAAGAUGAAACCAUUUCCACCAUUGAGAAUGCCGAGAAUUCAAGCCUUGCAUUCAUUCCAAAUCCUGUUGUCGAAGAAAAACAAUCUGUCCUUGAAAUUAUCAAAAUUUCUUUUGUUUCCCUCUACGACGCUGCUAAGAUCUUCGUUCUCCCUCGAGCCGCCCACCGCCGACUGUUCUUGUAUCUUUGUUUUGCCGCCAACUUCCUGGACCAGUUUGUAUGGGGAGAAGAAAAAGGUCUUCUGGGCACGUAUGUGCGCCUGCCACCAUUCAAAUGGGAUACCAACACUUAUGCUGAUUACAAAUCGUGGAGGCCAAUAGUCCAAAUUGUCGGAAUGACUGUUGGAAUGUUGUUUUUCAAGCGCAUCUGUCAUUUCCGCGACACAUUUAUUAUUUCCCUCGCUAUUCUGAGCAUGGCCGGUUGUGUGCUCAUGAUUGGAUUGGCACAGGCAUCUUGGAUGAUAUUUGCAAGUUUGGGACCAGGAAGUCUUCAUGGACUGCUCAACCCGAUGUCGUACACAUUUAUGGCAUGUAUUGUAGAGCCUGAUGAGAUAGGAAAAGCUUAUGCGAUUAGUUCAGUAGCUCAAAAACUAGCUGGAAUUGCUCAGAGUUUGGUUCUACAGAAUAUUUACAUUGCCACUGUUGAUUGGUAUCAGGGUUUCGUUUGGCUUCUCAUGGCGGCUAUCAGCUUUUUCGCUGUGGCCAUUUAUCUCGUCGUACACGUCAUGGCAAAACGGGAGAAUGUCGGGUCCUAA